UGCAUUAAACACUAGUAUGUUGUGUGCUUGCGCAUGCGUGUUUGUGUGUGUGUGAAAUACUGACAAUACUUUGAACUGCGGCGCUCGUGCGUGGACUAGAUUGUGCCACUGAUUGAAAGUGUACAUUUGUGUCACGACGUUCACUUACUGCUAGAUAAAAGACGUAUGGCUUCCGAAGAGUUUGAUAAAAAGAACACCAUUGCCGAAUUGACAAACCAAGCUAUCCAGGAAUAUGAAGGCCUGCAAAGGAGACAUGAAGCUGCAACUAAGGAGCGAAAGAUACUGGAGGAGGAACGAGAUGAGGCAAUUAAGAGGCUCGAUGCGUUUCAACAAGUUUCUACGAUGGUCAUUGAAGAGAUCAACACCAUUCAGGAGCAACUGGAGAUCGAGAGGACGUGCAGAGGAAGCGCUGAAGCCCUGGCCUCCAAGUUGAACAAACAGAACCAUGCUCUGAAACGCCAAAGCAUGAUGUUGCUGUCUCAACUUAGCCCAGCGACCAUCAGCGAGAUAAACCUCGAGGAUAAAGUUGAAGACAGUGACGAGUUGAAUGUUGCCAACUGCUUGUCAACCACGUGCCAGACCCAAAUCUCAGAGCUGCAAAGUCAAUUGCAGUUGACGCUGAGAGAGAAAGAUCACCUUUGUGAAAAUCUUGCAAUGCUGAAAGAACAACUUGAGGGAACCAGGCAAGAACUGCUGCAAGAAAAACGCGCUAAUGCUGUUUUAAUGGCCGAAACAGUGCAGCAAAAGAAACUACUGAGAAAAUAUCACCGAGUGUCUAAACUCGCUGUGGAGGAGUUUGAAACCUUACAGGACAACUUGAACCUGGAGCGGGACUUGAGAGAGGGGGCAGAGACCUUCGCCAGAGCUAUGGUUGUUGAGCAAAAGAUGCUGAAGAGACAGAGCCAGAUUCUGAUUCAGAGCACCACACCGAGCCACGCUCUACAGGAGGCGCUCAAUCAGGUUACAUCGCUGACCAAGGAUAUGGAAACCUUGAAGCUGGAGCACCAGAGCCAGAUAAAGAAACUGGAAGACAAAUUCAGUAGCUGUGAGACGCUAAAGGAGCUGACAGCCUUGAGGUGUAAACUUGAGCUUGUAGAGGAAGAGAAGAGGGAGUACAGUGAUGAGUGCUCCAAGGCCCAAGCGGAGGUCAAGGAUCUGAGGUUUACAGUUCAAGAACUUCAAAAGAAAUUGGACACGGCUCCCAAUCCAUCACAUCUUCCAGUGCCGCCAUGUCCACCACCGCCACCACCACCACCACCUCUUCCAACUUUAGCAGCGUUCAACCCACUCAGCUCGCUGCUGUCAUUGAUCAGAAAAAGACAAAACAGCAGCGAUAUUCCACUUGUGGUCCACAAUUCUGACAAGAGAGCAGAAGUGGAUGUGAAGCAGCAGGCCGUCGAGGAAAUGAUGAACAGGAUCAAGAAAGGGGUUCAGCUUCGGCCUCUCACGCAGAGACCUACUAACAGGGGACAGAUGGCGAAGAAACCCUCUAAUUUGGCCUUCCAGGAACUUAAAGCCAUCAUGGGGAAUCUUGACACAAGUGUUUCCUCACCGACACAAGUGUCGUCAUCAUCACCGGAUGGCGAACUGCUGAAAAUCUUGAUGAGACGCCGCGAUGCACUGGAGGCAACAAAUAACUCUUAGGUUCAAGCGAGAUCGGAGGGCGUUCCUAGUGCUGCACUUUUUCCGCGUUAUCAUCAUCUGCCUUCAAAAGAACUGCCACGCCGACUACUCGACUACAGAUUACACAGCCUUGCUCACGACUCUCCUACCAAGCGUUUGAUUAUUCGAGAAACUUCAUGCCUCAUAGUUCUCUUGUUCUGGUAUUGCCUUUGCUCAAUUUAGUAGUAUCUUUGUAAUUGUGUUAAUCUCCAUUGUAUCUUGAUCAUGUAAUGAGAUUUCCUUGGCCUGAGUGGCAAGUGGCUUUGCGUUAUUUUUCCUUGCAUGUUGCAAGCGCUUUCUGUGUGUCCCGUUUUCUUUUGGUUCUUGGUUACCAGCGACUUUCGUUGUACUUUGUCAGUCUUGCAUUUUUCUUUCAUAAAUCUUUUUUGUAAGCUCUUAUUCAUUUCUGUUUGUGGCAUCCGAUUCAAUUCCAGAGAAAUCCCGAACCUGUGAGAAGGACAUUCAAAAGCUUUUUUUUUCUUGUGUUGAGACGUGUUUUUUGUGUGAAGAGAAAUUCUCUUACCAUGGUAAGCGGUCACCUACCGUGCCACUGGCUGACAAUCAUGUUCCUCAAAGUUAUGUUGACAAAUAAAAGCUUCCCAGGUGA